GGGGUGUCCUGUCCGAACCAGGAGUGCCCGCUCUGAAGACGCCAAGGCCGGUGUCGGAUCCUGUACCAAGGGUGUCCUGACCGAACCCGGAGUGCCGGGGGCCAACUGGUGAUGCUGGCGGCGGUGCGAACCGAACCGAGAGUUGCGAACCGAACCGAGAAUGCCGGGGCCCGAAUCAGGACUGGACCAGGGGUGCGCUGUCCGACACGGAGAUGUGGGGCAGCGGGCCGGCAGCUGCCCCCUCCCCGCUCCUCCGGGGCCGGCCCACGCUCCUCCCGCCCCGCCCCGGCCGCCGGCCCGCCCCGGCGCCGCCCCGGUGCCGCCGGCGGAGCCAGCGCGGAUCGGCCCAGCAUGGAGGGGACGCGGCGCGCCCUGCUCCACCUCGCCGCCGCCUGCUGCCUGCUCUGCGCCCUGCCAGGAGAGGGUCAGAAGACAGCAGGGUCAGAAGAGGCCUCGGUGUCACCAUCACCUUUUCCUAGCACAGUGCUAACCUUGCAUCAGCCAAGGGAAGCCUCUGAGUUCAGUCCAGUGACUAGUGCCAUUCCUCAGACAAGCCUGGAGAAAAACUUGACUGCUGCAACACUCAGCAGCACUGGGCCCCACGCUACAGAGGAGGACGAUGCCUUCAUCCCCACCACCCCCAUGGCAGGCUCCAAGGAAGAGAGACAGCAGGCUUCUACCACUGCCAGUCCUGGGAAUAUCACAGUUACACAUCCUGAGCAUGACAACAUGAGCUUGUCAGCCAACAGCAGCACUGAAAUCCCCUCCCCUGCCUUGACUGCCAGCACUCUGGAAGAAAACCAGCCCAGCCAUGAAGCCACAGAGCCUUUCAGCACAACUGAAGAAAGGGAUGAUGCAACCCCCACACCUCCUCUGAACACUGUGCCAGCAACAGCUAACAGCUCUCAGUCAGGGCUUUUUGAUGGGCACACCCUGGAGCCCACAGCAGCGAGGUCUGAAACCAAGCCAGGAACGAGCCCUGUGGGUGCCACAGAGGAGAGCACUGUGGAGCCCAGACCUUCCUCUGCUCCCAUCUCCACUGUAGGGAGCACGUCCUUAGCUACUGCCUCUGGUACUGUGACAGUGACACCCCUCAUGACCAGCUCCACGUCUGCCAGCACAGCUGCCAUCCCCACCAGCACACCCACACUGGCACAGACAUUGGAGUCCAGGCAUGAGAAGGCUUCUGUGGUGGAUGUUGGUGAUGAUGAGAAUUCAGAGCUACCCAAUCUGGCUGGUAAAACGAGGGCUGAUCCCUUGGUGAUCACCGUGAUCUCCGUCUUCAUUGUCAUGGUGGGCAUCCUGGGCCUGGUGGGCUUCUUGCGCUACCGCCAGCACCACAACCGCAUGGAGUUCCGGCGCCUGCAGGACCUGCCCAUGGUCCCUCUACUUCCAUCCAAGGUUUGAAUCAAGACAGCAAGUCUCAAGGCUGGGUACUAAAGAAGCUCUCUGCCUUCCCCUCACUCUGCAGGGGAAUGCUGAGAGGUUAGAGAGAGGAAGGAGAGCUCCAUCCAGGCUUGUCCUGAAAUGACACCUUCCUAACCUCUCCUCCUGUUUUCUGAUAUAUUUGCUUUGUAACUAUGACAAAGCAGAUUUUAUGCUCUGUUCCAGGGAGGUUGUCUAUCUGUCUGUAAUUGACCCUUUGUGAAUAUAAAAAUAUAUGAGGGUUCCAGAGGCUGGACUACCUCUGGGGAAGCUGCAAAUAAUUCCCUGGACUUUCUGGCAUAGAAGAGUACUGCAGCUAGCAAGCAAGCUGAUGCUGUUUCAAGCUGAGUGGAGUUUUCAACAGCCAGAGUUUUCCACAUCCCUGCAGCAGGCAGGCAGUUCCUGCACACACCUCUUCUCUCCAAAUGCUGCAGCAGGAGGGAGACUGACAGUUCAAAGAUCCAGGAACUGCACAGUGACAGCAUUUAGGUGGAUGGCUGGGCAGAGGCCACACUGUGGCUGAGAAAGCUGUGCUGCCUGCACAGCAGUCUCCCAGGCUGCGACCAUGAUGCCAUUGUGCAGACAUCUCAUUAAAGCACCCUCUUCUCUGCUUCUAGGAUGACAUGAUGGAGGACACCCCUCUCUCCCUCUACAGCUACUAGGCAACCAAGCUAUCCACUGCCCAGAGGAAAAGACCUUGAGGACUUGGUCCCAGACGAUCUGCUGAGGAAUGAGGGGCUGUGAUUUGCACACAACUGAAAGAUCUUUUUCAGAUGGUUUUUGAUUUUAGACAGUUUAAAUAGUUCAGUGUUGAAGUUUCUAUGCUGCAAAUCAGAGCCCAAGUCUGACCCUUUUCUCCAGGCUCUCCUCAAAGCAACACCUGAAGAGGUGUCUCCUCCUUUUAGUGUGGCAACCAAUUAGCCAGGAUGGCCUUUGCCUUGGUGUUCUGCAUGGAUCUCUUGUGUUCAUCUUGGUGGCUGCUGCCUUCAAAGGAGGUGGGCAAGUGAUCCAGACUAGGGCUCUUAACACUGGUGGUGUAGCACAGUGCCAGCAAAGGAACUGCUGUUUUCUGAGGAAGCCAAGGAUGUGGAAAUCAGUUCUCUUGGGCUCCCUCUUGUUCUGUAUUUUUAAGGUUGUUUGUUUGGGGGGUUUUCUUGCACUUUUUUUUGUUCUUGUUUCAGCUUUAGUCCCAGGAUUGGCAUUACCCAUCCUGCAACACCUACCAGAAGGAUAAAAGACUACUCUUCUUCCUUCCUAGAUGCAUACCCUUUCUCUUUAACCAGAGAAAACAAUUUUGUGGCCACUGGAGAAGUGCCCCUGCUACUUGAUGUUGCUUUGAAGUUGCUGGGAGGAAAAUGAACACAAUGUUAGCUUAACUGAGCUUGGUAGGACUCACUCUAUUGCCAACUAGACACACUAAUUUGGUCUCACCAAAAUUAGGAAACCGUGUCUCCUACACUUGAAGCUCUUGGCAUAUGUGUAAACUCCUUUCCCAGGCCCAGUAAAUGCUCUAGUCCAUUUCCCUGCCUGGGCUAACACAAGCCUUUCCUCAGGUACCUCCCAUUUUGCUUCUAGCAUCUGAUUGCUGGAAGUUAUUGUACAAAACUGGUAUUUUGCUCUCUCUCCUGUGCUAUGCAAGGUCAAAGCUCCUCUACUUUGUGAUGUUGGUCUUUUGAGCCAGUUGGUGUCUUGUCAUAAGGACAGAUCUUGGAUGUAGGUGCCUUCCUCCCCCUCCGUUUCUUGGUGUUAUGCUGAUUAGAUUCUGCACUUUUGCCUCAGAAUAUCACUGCUGUAGACUGUCCAAGGCUCUUAGGGCCUCUCAAGGAAACCCAUAGACCAGAGCCUCUGAGUGUAAAACAGAGAAUCUUUUGGUGCCCUUGCCUCAAAAUUGUCUUCAUGUAAUUACACCUGCUCCUGUUUUCUCACAUUUGGCUGCUGGUAAAUGGAAACACAUGCCUUCUCUAGAGUGUUUGGUUUUUGGCUAAGCCAGUUGCUCCCUCAGGAUACAGCAAGGGCUAGGAUUUAUCUGCCACAUUGCUCUUACAAGCCUCAGUUUCUCCUCUCCUCUCAGUAGCAACAUCACUGAACCCCACAAAGGACAGAUACCAGGCCUCACUUGCAAAAAUACCUUUUUUCUUCCCAGUGCUGAUGUUGGUUGUUGUAGCAGGGAAAGGGGAAUUUCCCCAUCAGCUGAGCUCAAGUUACUGGAAAGCCCAAAGGUGGAGCAGAACCUGGGUCUGGGUCAAAUAGAUGAACUGGGGAAGGCAGCAUCUCCUCCUGCCUGCGGUGCUGCUUCCAGAGUGGCUGACAAAUGGCUGCAGUGCAGUUGGGGUUCAGCUCUUGGCUUUGGCCUUCCAUCUGUCAAGAGGGUUGGUUCUCUCCUGUGAUUGCAUGAGAACUAAAGAGCAAUUGUCACAACUCCAAAGCUUUUGUAUCAAGCAUUGUCUGCACAGAGCGAUCUCCCUAGCUACAGACUUGUUUCCCCUGCCGGAGGGCAGGGUGCUACUGGUUUUCAGCACAAAGUUGGCAAGUUAGUGGUGGAAAAUAGAACCCCAUCCUGCCUGGAACUGGUGCAGGCUGGCAUAUCUGGGAAGUGUGUCUGCACACAAUCAAAAGGGCAGGGGCUGGUUCUUCUGGUUUCCCAUGCAUCGCUGUCCAGGGGAAAGGGGUGAGGAGGAAAACUCACCCAACACCAAAGUGCAACUUUGUUUGUAAAAUAUGUUGAUAGUGGAUUUUUUUUUCUGCAAUAAAGUUACAAAUGCCAGAAGU